AUGAGAAUAUGGCCAAUGGCAUUGAAGAUCUUAUCGGGAUCCCAUUCCCGAACCACAGCAGUGAAGUCCUAUGUGGUUUAAACGAGCAGCGACAUGACGGUCUCCUCUGCGAUGUCAUCCUCAUUGUACAGGACCAGGAGUACCGGACUCAUCGGUCUGUCCUUGCUGCCUGCAGCAAGUACUUCAAAAAACUGUUCACUACCAGCACUUUAACAGACCAGCCCUAUGUUUACGAGAUUGACUUUGUCAAGCCUGAAGCACUUUCUGCCAUCCUCGAGUUCGCCUACACCUCAACCCUCACCAUCACCACCUCAAAUGUCAAGCACAUCCUUAGCGCGGCCAAGAUGCUGGAGAUUCAGUGCAUUAUCAACGUAUGCCUUGAAAUCAUGGAGCCUGACAGAGAGGCAGAAGAGGAAGAUGACAAAGAGGAUGAAGACGAUGACGAAGAUGAAGAUGAAGAUGAGGAGGAGGAGGAAGAGGAGGAAGAAGAAGUGGAGGAUUUCGUCAAUCAGGACAACCUAACUGAUGUCCAAGAAGUAAGCUGUCACCAAAGCCCUUCUAAGUCGGACCUUACCGAAGAAGCAUAUACAGAAGCACCUAAAGACUUCCCAAAUCACUAUCCAGCCAAUAACUCAUCUGGGCACUUGGGUGUGAUACGAGACUUCUCUAUUGAGUCCUUGCUGAGGGAGAACUUGUACCCUAAAACAAACAUCCCAGAAAGGAGGUCAGCUCUCUCUCCUUUCCCCCCUAGCUUCUUCCCCCGCCUCUGGAAUGGUGACUUUAGCUCCUUUUCCCAGCUCGAAGAGCCACAAGUAGACAAUGGCCCUUUGGAUCUGGUGAUCAAAAAGAGGAAGAUCAAGGAAGAGGAGGAGAAGGAAGACCUGCCUCCUCCUCCUCCUUUCCCUAAUGACUUCUUCAAGGACAUGUUUACCAACACCCCAACAGCUCCCUUAGGGCAUAUUAAGGCAGAGACUGACUACAGCGCUUAUCUCAAUUUCCUAAGUGCAACCCAGUUUGGAGGAGUUUUUCCUCCGUGGCCCCUGGAGGAAGAGAGGAAGGUGAAGCCCAAGGCCUCGCAGCAGUGCCCCAUCUGCAACAAAGUCAUCAUGGGGGCUGGGAAGCUGCCCCGGCACAUGAGGACCCACACGGGAGAGAAGCCGUAUAUGUGCAAUAUCUGUGAAGUCCGUUUCACCAGGCAGGACAAGCUCAAGAUCCACAUGCGGAAGCACACGGGCGAGCGGCCCUACUUCUUGAAGGUCUCAAACCCAUCCUCUUCUCCUGAUGUGCAGGACAAGCUCAAGAUCCACAUGCGGAAGCACACGGGCUCGUGGGAGACGAUCUCCACCUUUGCGUAA